CUCCAUGGUUCGAUCCCUGCCUGAAGUGCGUGCAUGUGGUUCGUACUUAAGGUCUUGAACUGCUUCUCCCCACUGCCCAGUUAGCAUCAUUUGGAUUGGUCACACAGUUCAAGGCACAACAGGCCCUACGUACAUCGAUUGCAACCGAAGCCAUACUGAGCACUCUCCUGCUACCGAUCUACUCAUUGUACCCACUGACACCGACUGACGAGAAAAGAUGGGUCCCGGCGUUCCCUAUGAGAGGUUCUUGGGUACUGUUUGGGGCACCACCGCCGUAGCUAUUCUGUUCUUAGCAGUCCGACUGUACGCACGCUUCCGUGGAUCCCGCCGCCUCUACUGGGACGACGCCUUCGUUAUCGUUGCCACCGUCCUGUCGCUUGCCACCGCAAUUCUAUGGCAGUGGGCGGCCCCUGCCAUGUAUUACACCCUGAACGUGACGGCCGGUUUGGCGUUGCCCACCGCCAACUUCCCUUCCGAGAUGGAGCGGUGGCUGCGAGUGUCAUAUGCUGUCCAAAUCUUUUUCUACGUCUCUCUGACUACUGUCAAGCUGUCACUCCUCUUCUUCUUCCGGCGGCUUGGGUACCAUAUGGAUAGACUCAAAUACGUGUGGUGGCCUGUUGUUGCCUUCACCGUGGCGGUUUGCGGUGCAUCAAUUGGCAACUCGCAGUGGAGAUGCCUGAUCGGUUCAGCCGAGUACAUCAUUGCGACGUGCGAUCAGCCCUCCGCUAUUGAGUUCACGACCGUCACUCUCAAGGUGAACUGCGCGCUGGAUGUCUUCUCCGACUUUCUAAUCAUGCUCAUUCCCAUCAUUUGGAUUUGGGACCUCCAUAUGCGCCUAAAGAAAAAAGUUGGCCUUUGCUGGUCUCUUUUCUCUCACCAUCAUCACCAUGAUUAUCGCUAUUGUGCGGGCAGCGGGCGUCAGUGCCGCUAAAUGGGAAGACAACCAGAACGACCCGACGUACCUCUGGCUCUGGAGCGCCGUUGAGGCGUGUAUUGCUAUCAUGGUUGCCUGUCUUACCUCUUUCCCCCAACUCUUCGUCUCCUCGAAAAAGAAACCCGUCUACAAAGCAUCGGAAAGCUUUAUCCAACGUCUGAGAACAAAGACCCAAUCUAGAAAGCGCGGAAACGAUUACUUGAGCACCAAUCUAAGCGCAACCCAGGACCUUACCGGCAUCCUGGUCAGUCGUGACACGAGCCAGCACUUCUGUUAUGUGACUGUUCCGGGCACCAGUGCUAGCGACUUGAAGCCGCAGUCAACUUUCCAGUACCUCGGUAAUGAACAAACG